AUGACUGAAGCGGAGCUCUACCGACUCUACAAAGGGGUCUACAUGCCUGUGAACACACACACACCAGCCACUCUCAAAUUCAGUGAGGAGUUCUCUUUCCGUCCAGAUGAUGUUGUUAUCGUCACAUAUCCAAAAUCAGGUACGACAUGGAUGCAGGAGAUUGUGCCUCUCAUUCUGAAUGGAGGAGAUGUUGCCACUGUUGAGACAAUUCAAAAUUGGCUCCGUGUUCCAUGGCUGGAGUCAUUACCGACCGUCAACCUGAAUCUGGACAAAAGGCCAUCUCCUCGCAUCCUUGCCACACACCUCCAACGCAACAUGAUGUCACCCUCCUUUUUUGAAGUCCGCCCAAAGGUCAUCUACGUCUCAAGAAACAUUAAGGACGUCUUUACAUCCUCUUUCCAUUUUACCUCUAUGGCCACCUUUUUAGUCACUCCAGACUCAAAGAGUGACUUUCUCCAGAAAUUCAUUGAUGGGAAAGUUGCAUUCGGGUCCUGGUUUGAUCAUGUGAAGAGCUGGUACAGCUGUGAUGAUAAGGACAGGAUAUUCUACAUCACAUACGAGGAGAUGAAGUUGGACCUCAAGGAUGCUGUCACCAGGCUAGCUGAGUUUUUGGAGAAACCCCUGGACGCUGAGGUGACCGAGAAGAUCGCAGACAAGUGCUUGUUCAAGAACAUGAGGGAAAACAAAAUGUCAAACUACUCCCAGGUUUCCCCUAAGUACUUGGAUCAAACCAAGUCAGAAUUUCUUCGAAAAGGUGAGGUGGGAGACUGGAAGAACCUUCUAACAAUGGAAGAAGCAGAAUACAUUGAUGCAGUAUGCAAGGAAAAAAUGAAAGAAGUUAGUUACCACGGCAACAAAUUCUUCUUAGCAACACAGCUGGUGCCGAUUAUCUCAUCAAGCCUCCUGGAUAUCAACUUCUUGGUGCCACACUGUGUGACCGCCAACAUUUGCUCAGAAAUAUUUAAAAGAGUGCCGGUCUCAGGUCCCCGUGGCAUGGAGCUGACUCCUCAGUCACCUGAGGAGACCUCAGUUCAUGAAGGUCCUCUUGACCUCACUCGGGUCCCCUACACCACCACCACCUCAUCAAAGCAGAAUUCUGCAAUAAGGCUGGAGCAACAGAAAGGAGAGGUGGAGAGACUGCAGGACUACUGA